AUGAAUCCGCCGGAUAGCAAAGGUAUCACUUAUGACGACGGCGACGAGACACUCGCCACUAUUAGUCGCCAUACGCGAUCUUCUGGCUGUCCGGAGAGGCUUUUCGACGGAGCCAUCCGUGCGAAUGCGGCUGAGGAACGCCGAAAGAAGGCGUCGGAGGACGCCGUGGAGGCCGAGAGAGUUGCAGAUGAGGCCGAGAAGGCAGAGAAGGCGGAGGAACGUGACUCCGGUGGUGAAUCCGAUUCAAGAUUUCUCGACGGGAUUUCAAUCAAUGAUCCCAACGCGUCAUCAGAUUUGGACGAGACGGCGGCUUCUGGCCAAGCGAGGCUCAAAGGUAUCCCGUAG